AUGACGCGUCGCGAAAUCUACAACUCCUCCAUCUCCGGCGAUUCCGACAAUGACCUCUUCCCUCCUCUGCCGCAUACGACAGUGAAGAAGAAACGACGGAGCAAAAAAAAGAAAGCGACGACACGACACCGUAUUAGCACUUCCUCGGCCGACAGUGGGUUGUUUGGCGACGAGAGAGAAGAGGAAGAAGAAGAGAUUGCAACGCUAGUUGUGUUUUCACGAAAUCACAAGCAGAGGAUGAAGGGAGCGAAAUGCAACGUUUCGAACGGAGGGAAGGUGUGGUCGCUAGAGAUUGACUGGCCAGUAAGGUUGUUGGGGUUGAAGAAGCUGAUACUGUCGUUUGCGAUGGAGGGAAAAGUGAAGGAGAACUUCGUGAUGGUGAAGAAAUCAGAGGACCCAUAUGAGGAUUUGAAGAGAUCGAUGAUGGCGAUGAUAUUAGAGAAGCAAAUGUUUGAGGCGAGAGAUUUGGAGCAGCUGUUGGAGUGUUUUUUAUCGCUGAAUUCGCAUCAUCAUUACAGGGUUAUUGCUGAGGCUUUUACUGGCAUUUGGAUGGCAUUGUUUUAUAGUACUAGUUGA